AUGAAUUCAAGUGAUCGGACAGAAGACUUGGCCUCGUUGUUUCUACCAGAUUCGUUACAACAGACACCGCAAGCUCCUGCUACUCCAGCUACUGCUUCAACUAUGACGGAAAGGCUAGUCGAUAACUCUAACUACUUACUUCCCAAAGAGAAUACUGCGUCCACUUCGUUGCCAAACUCGAGUUAUCAGGAUUUCCUCAACAAUAACAACUUCAUCAACAGGCCCACGGGAGAUGAACAAGAGCAGCAAUUUUCUCAUGUCAACCACUAUGCACCAUAUCUUCCCUACGAUGCUAACAUAAUGACCCAUUAUCAAAACUUUCACAAUCCAAUGUAUCCAUACUUUCCGGAAGAGAUACAACCAUAUGGUGCUUUCCAACAAAGUGAAUCAUUGCAGAGGAAUCAACAGUAUGAAAUGGAUAUUCCACCGGAGGAAGAGGUUAGAGAGCCCGAAAGCCCGAAAAAGAAAUCCAAGGGAAGAAAGCGUGAUCUUAAGCAUACACUUGUCGAGAUAGAUUACAAGCCAGCCAAAUUGAAGAAACUUUUGGAUCUUAAUCCUUCUGGGGCUACCAGUAUGAAUGAUUACAAGAUUAUCGACAACAAUAAUAAAGAAGUUGCUGUUGAGUUUAGUGGGUUUCUUAAUGGAAAGUUUUUCACCAACGACACUGAUAACAACAACUACUUGUUUACCAAGAAUGAACUCCAGAAGGAAGAAAGUAAACCACUUGAAGAUCCAAAGAUUGUGUCUUGCUAUAGGCGAAAUUAUAUUCAGGUGUUGAUGAAUAUGAGACUUGCUGGUGUCACCAAUGAUUUCAAAUUGCUCAAGUUGCAAACAAGUGAGUACGGGUACUCGACAACAAGAGUUAUUAAAUAUUUCAAGAUUGAAAUACAAGCCAUGACAAAUAUAUCCAACUCCAAAAGUGUCCCCAUAAUAGUGAGAAAUAGUGAAAAGGAGGUUUUGAAACAAGAACCUAAAGAUGAUGUUGUUCAGCCCACAAGUAUAGGUGCAGACCAUGUUGUUGUCCUCAAUGAAUCUGGAAUUAAUAACGAGUUGGAUAAAUACUUUGUUGUGAGGAAACUACAGUUCAAAAACGCAACGCCAAACAAUGGUAACCUCACUUUUCAAAAUUAUUACCAUUUAAAGGUAAAAUUGAGUUGUGUUGUUGCUGACAUUUACUACGAUGACUAUGUUGAUGACAUAGCUAAUCUAAAUAAUAGUGGGAACACCAAUGAAUUCCUCCUUGCUGAGUUGGUGAGUGAACCAAUCAUUGUUCGUGGAAGAAACCCCAGUUUUUAUUCAGAAAGAAAGGAUGUAUUGAUAAGGUGUCGUCCAUACUUGUCGAAAAAGAGUUAUCAAUUGGCUACAGAACUGGCAAGAGACAAGCUAGAGGACGAUGAUGAGCAUGUAAGUUUGGAGUCAACUGAAGAUGAUAUCGACGACCAGUUGGAUGAAGGGCACGUGUCACCCAUUGAUAAAAUGAAGCAAACAAACUCAACCAAUUCAGAGAUUGAUUUGAAUGAGAUUGAUGGAUAUAAAUACUACCCCAUUUCGAGUCAUUAUUAUCUCCCGCCGGUGAAUGUAGUGUAUUUUCCUCAUCGUGCUCACCAUCCAAUCGAGAAAGACGAUUAUGAAUCAACAGUGGAGCCAGUAGUACAAAGAAAGAGCUCAAAUGUUUACUUUAAAUAG